GACUCGCUCGGCCGAUGUGCUCGGUGAUCGACCCCGAGGCGCAAAGAGGCCAUCGAGAGCUCGGCGCGCUCCGUGCGGGGGCGUGGCCUGCGUCGUCCGGAAGGAGCCGCGGCGUCGUCGCUGCCUCAGGCCCGGCCUGCCCCGCAGUGUGCCGCCAUGAACCUCCUGCCGGCCAACCCGCACGGGAACGGGCUCCUCUUCGCCGGCUUCAACCAGGACCACGGAUGCUUUGCAUGUGGAAUGGAAAAUGGAUUUAGAGUGUUUAAUGCCGAUCCACUCAAGGAGAAGGAGAAGCAAGAAUUUCUAGAAGGAGGUGUUGGCCAUAUUGAAAUGUUGUUUCGGUGCAACUAUUUAGCUUUGGUUGGUGGAGGAAAAAAGCCUAAAUAUCCACCUAAUAAAGUGAUGAUCUGGGACGAUCUGAAAAAGAAGACAGUUAUUGAAAUAGAGUUUUCCACAGAAGUCAAAGCAGUUAAGCUUAGAAGAGACAGAAUUGUGGUAGUUUUGGACUCUAUGAUUAAAGUUUUCACAUUCACACACAAUCCUCACCAGUUGCAUGUUUUUGAAACCUGCUACAACCCAAAAGGUCUCUGCGUACUGUGUCCAAACAGUAAUAAUUCCCUGCUUGCAUUCCCUGGAACGCAUACUGGACACGUACAGAUUGUGGAUUUGGCAAACACAGAAAAACCUCCUGUAGAUAUACCUGCUCAUGAAGGAGUCUUGAGCUGCAUAGCUCUCAACCUGCAAGGAACAAGGAUUGCCACAGCGUCAGAAAAAGGAACUCUUAUAAGAAUAUUUGAUACAUCAUCAGGGUAUUUAAUCCAAGAACUGCGCAGAGGGUCUCAAGCUGCCAAUAUCUACUGUAUUAACUUCAACCAAGAUGCUUCUCUGAUCUGUGUGUCCAGUGACCAUGCUACAGUGCACAUCUUUGCUGCAGAGGAUCCAAAAAGGAACAAGCAAUCAAGUCUAGCAUCAGCCAGUUUCCUGCCCAAAUACUUCAGUUCCAAAUGGAGUUUUUCGAAAUUUCAGGUUCCCUCUGGUUCCCCUUGCAUCUGUGCCUUUGGAACAGAGCCAAAUUCUGUCCUAGCAAUAUGUGCAGAUGGCAGCUACUACAAAUUUUUAUUCAACCAAAAAGGGGAAUGCUCUAGGGAUGUCUAUGCUCAAUUCCUAGAAAUGACUGAUGACAAACUUUGACUGCACGGAUGGAAAUACUGGGGAAGGGGGAAGAGGAAGAGAGAUGAAUGUAUUCUUCUGCAUCUUUUUCCUCUCUGAAGAGACAGCGUCUAACUACCCCAGCAGUCAGUGGUGCUGCUCAACAUGGAACAGAUGCAAUCAGAGCCAGAUGCAAGGCAGAGGACUUAUACAGCAUAUGCUGUCAACAAAUGCCUUUAAAUGUUAGUUUUGGCUACUGCUGUUCUUUUAAAAGUUUCAAUCACCUCUCUCUAACUUGUGAAGUUUAUUGUAUGUUAUGCCAUCAGUCUGCAGGGAAGGUUUUAAUAUUUCUUACUCCUCAGAAAGACAUAAAAAGAAUCCAGUUUCUGUAUCAUGGUUGUAGGGCAAUAGGAAAGACAUGCCAAACAACUUGGAAUACUAUACCAGCAGUUUCUGCUUGUACAAAUGUCUAUUUCCUUCUCAUCUAAUACACAGAAAGAGAUCACAGCAGGUUUCCUCUGAAUUGCCUUUGCUCAGGAAUAGAUAGAAUCUUCAAGCCCUUAUUUUCAUACUGUUGUGAAUUUGUAUUAAUGUUAAUACAUCUUGUCAGAGGUGCCAAAGUACACAUCCUACGAAUGGCGUUAAAUGUUGUUGGCCUAAAUUAUUCUGCAGAGUAAAAAGUAAACUAUAUAGGACAAUGAUGGGGCUGUGAAUCUGGUAGGUAAGUAGGUUUGGAUAAUAUAACCUUUCCAGACAUUUUGUUUUUGUUUCUUGAUGUGUUUGCUCUUAUGCUGUACAGUGGCAGGACUAUAGAAAAGUUGUCUGCAAUAAAUAUGCUGCUGUUAUCUGCUGUAGCCUGAAAGGUAUCACUAUCAUCCUGCAAACUUAAGUGUGUUCUGAACAAAGUUGGUGGCCAUUUGAAUCAUAAGUGUUAAAGCCCUACAGGCAUAAAAUCGUAGUUUAGGUGUUUUGGAAACAGGUAUAUGUACACUCAAAUUGAAAUCACCCCCACACCCUCAACUGAAAAUCUUCUUUAAUUCCUUUAAAUUCACACAUGCUUCAAAAUUAACAGAAUCCUUAGGUUACAGAGAUGUGAGGUUUUUCAAUGUCAUUUAACUAAACCCUAUAUUCAUAUUUGCCAAUUUGCAUGUUGCUUUUAAAUGUGUAUUUAAUCAUGGAAGUUUUUUUGCACACUUUUUGUAAUCUUUUAAUUAAAAUUGACUAAUUUGCUAUA